GCGUGCUUAACGUGAUGACGUCAGGUUGUGUGUUGACGUUCAGUGAGUGCCCCGUCAACCUCAGUAGCGAAACAGGGAAGCCAGAAAACGGGUUGUCGUCCCACUUACCGCAGAGUCCUCUUCAUCAUGGCAUGGAGAAGCGCCGUGCGUCGUCUCUUGGUGAACCCUCACAGGUGUGCCUUCCUCUCCGCCUCCAGAGCACAGGGGACCGCGGCGGCCGCCAGCCGGGAUGCUGAGAAGGUCGAGGCGAAGUCUAAAACACCAAAGGUCCAGUUCAACUGGCGCGACGGCCUGGACCUGGAGAGCCUUCUGACGGAGGAGGAGGUCAUGAUCAGGGACUCCUUCCGGACCUACUGCCAAGAGAAGCUCAUGCCUCGCAUUGUUAUGGCAAACAGAAAUGAAGUGUUCCACCGAGAAAUUGUGUCAGAGAUGGGCGAGAUGGGGGUCCUGGGCCCAACCAUUAAAGGUUAUGGCUGUGCCGGCACAAGCUACGUGGCCUACGGUCUGAUCGCCAGAGAGGUGGAGAGCGUGGACAGCGGCUAUCGCUCCGUCAUGAGCGUGCAGUCAUCGCUCGUCAUGCACCCCAUUAACGCCUACGGCACAGAGGAGCAGAAACAGAAGUACCUCCCCAAGCUAGCUCGGGGUGAGAUUCUGGGUUGCUUUGGCUUGACGGAGCCAAACCACGGCAGUGACCCGAGCGGCAUGGAAACCAGAGCCAAAUACAAUCCAUCCAGUCGCACCUACUCCCUCACUGGCUCCAAGACCUGGAUCACCAACUCCCCAGUGGCAGACAUUGCCAUCGUCUGGGCCAAAUGCGACGACGGGAAGAUCCGCGGCUUCAUCCUGGAGCGCGGCAUGAAGGGCCUGACGACGCCGAAGAUUGAAGGGAAGUUCUCCCUGAGAGCCUCCGCCACCGGUAUGAUCGUCAUGGAUGAGGUGGAGGUCCCCGAGGAGAACCUGCUGCCUAACGUCUCCGGCCUCGCGGGUCCUUUCGGCUGCUUGAACAACGCUCGCUACGGUAUCGCCUGGGGCGCUCUGGGCGCCGCCGAGUUCUGUUUCCAUGCAGCUCGGCAGUACACACUCGACAGAAUCCAGUUUGGCGUGCCGCUGGCAAGGAACCAGCUGAUGCAGAAGAAAAUGGCCGACAUGCUGACGGAGAUCACCAUCGGCCUGCAGGCUUGUCUGCAGCUGGGAAGACUAAUCGAUGCCAAAAGAGCGGCCCCGGACAUGAUCUCCAUGCUGAAGAGGAACAGCUGCGGCAAAGCCCUCGACAUCGCCAGGCAGGCCAGAGACAUGCUGGGAGGAAACGGCAUCUCCGACGAGUACCACAUCAUCCGCCACGUCAUGAACCUGGAGGCUGUCAACACAUACGAAGGUACCCAUGACAUCCACGCCCUGAUCCUGGGCAGAGCCAUCACAGGUCUGCAGUCCUUCACUGUGGGCAAAUAGAUCCGAGCUCUUUCCUUCCGCCCAAAUAUCAGGAACCCGCUGGCAGAAAUGUAACUCGCAUGAGUUCCCAUCUGUAUAGUGACUGUUUGUUUUCACUCUUGGAGAAUAUAUACAUAUAUAAUUGAGUGCUUUAUUUUGAGAACAAGUCAUUGUGUGUCUGAACCUUGCGGACUGAAGUGUGAUUCAUUCAGAAGUUGAUUUUUUGUUAUCCUAAAAAAAGGGCUAUUUUUCUACUCUCGAUCGCAACACUAUCCUCAAGUCCCCAUUGUAUAGACAAAGUGAAUUUAAUUGUAUGGAUGACGGUUCUAAAUUAGGUCAAGUUCUAGAUGUGCUGCUGGUUGAUUUUAUGACAAUGGAAAAUGCAUAAAUGUACACCAUUUGUUUUUAAAAUGCACAGGAAAAGUUUAUAUCGGUUGAUGAGAUCAGUUAGGACUGAGGUGUUUGUUUCUGGCUCUGUCACUAAAAUGUCACUUUGCAUGGUUUCCAGGGGUCAAGUAUGGAGAUCAGAGCUUAAAUAAAUUAGUUAUUUAAGUUUAAGAUGGUAAGCCACACCCCUCUAGCCAGCUGUUAUUUCACUCUGUGUGACAUAAAUAUCAGGUGGUAUGUAAAAUAAUGUGAGACCUUAUGGGCCUCAAAGUUCUUUAAAUUGAACCCUUUGAGAUGCUGUGUUCAUAUUUGAUUCCCUGCAUUUCCCAGACAACGGUCCUCGCCUGUUGAUUCUUAAAAUUGUUAAAUUUGAUCAUUUUGUCUUAAAUGGUCUCAAUUGGCAUGCAUGUUCUCAUAAUUUUGACUUAAAGUGACAACUACUUUCAACAAAAAUGUUCUUGAAAUGUCAUAAUUCUGUCAUUAAAAAAAAUAAAUGGUGGUGAUUCUGACAUAAAGUAAUAACUGGUCA